AUGGCCGGCGAGGAGUCCGGGAUGGAGGAGGAGGAGGAGGAAUGGCUGGCCGUGACUUCGGUCUCCGGAGCUAGGCUGUCUGAUGCGCCUGUGCUUUUCUUCGUAACCACUCACAAAGCUUUCCGGGAGGAGCUCGCGUCUGUCCGCCGGGCGGCGGAGGAGGCCGUUGGGAGCGGGGACGCGUGCCGGGAGUUAGUGGCUGAGCUCGGUCGGAGGUUGGAGUUCCUGAAGCUUGUUUAUAGUUAUCACUCCGCAGCCGAGGAUGAGGUAGUCUUUCUAGCAUUAGAUGCAGUAGUAAAGAACGUGGUGUCGACGUAUGCUUUGGAACACAAGUCUAUUGAUGAUACAUUCAGCUCCAUCUUCCAUCGAUUGGAUCUUUUAAUGAAUGAAGAUGAUGAUACUCCUCAAAUGUUUCGAGACCUUCUUUUUUCUAUUGGCACCCUCCAGACAAUGAUUUGUCAGCAUAUGCAUAAAGAAGAGGAACAGGUUUUUCCUUCACUUACAGAGCAUUUUACUUCCGAAGACCAAUCUAAGCUUGUCUGGCAGUACAUGUGCAGUGUUCCUAUGAUACUGCUAGAGGAGUUUAUUUCAUGGAUGACUCUUUUUCUUACAUCAGAAGAAAAACAAGAUGUUCUAGAUUGCAUAGAACUUAUCAUACCUAAAGAAACAAAACUUCAAGAGGUAGUUGCUUCCUGGAUUCAACAUGAGGGGAGAGCUUCUCAGAUCAUUAAUAGAUAUGGAAAAGGGUACCAACUGUUAAAUGGACUGUCUGGUUUCAAGGAUAUCGAUGAAUUUUAUCCACCUCCGUUUGGCUGUGAACGGAAUGAACAACUCAAGAGUGCAUGUUCCUCGGAAUCAAGUGGUUUUGAGGGCCCCGUCAAGGGCAUCUAUAUUUGGCAUGCUACUCUCACUAGCGGUUUCAAUCAAAUUAUCGAGGAAUUAUAUCAAAUAAGAAGUUCAAACUGCCUGUCAAGCUUAUCAUCAGUCAUUUUUCAGAUAAAAUUUAUUAUCGAUGUUCUGAUCUUCUACAGCAACUCUUUGGACAAAUUUGUCCACCAAUUACUAAGGCUUCUUCCCAAGAACACCCCAUCCUUUUGCGCUCCACUCAUUGAUGAAUACCAGAUCAAAGGUCUUCAAUGGUUGCUGUUUCGUGAACAUCAAGGUUCAGAGCAACGAAGAAGCUUCAUAGAGCUGCUUUGUCAGGAGCUGGAAUCUCUCAUGAAGGGGCUUGCCAAGGACCUGAUUUUUCUUGACACGGAGGUUUUUCCAUCCAUUAAUGAGAGCUGUGCAUAUGAAAUGCAGCUAUGGUUAAUAUACACAACCCUUCACACGAUGCCUUUUGGAUUGCUAAAGUGCACUAUCACUUGGUUCUCAGCUCACUUAAGUGAUACCCAGUCCAAUGUAAUCCUAAAAUGCUUGAAACUGGGAUGUCCUUCGGUAAAUGAGUCUUUUACCUCUCUACUACAUGAAUGGGUUCAUAUAGGCUGUUCAGAAAAAAUAUCCAGUGAAAAAUUCAGACAAAAUUUGGAAGAGACAUUUAAUGGUAGAAGCUUUUACUUGACCAAGCAAAAUGAGCUCGAAAUAAACUCAGCAAUAACGAUGAAGAAAAGUGUGGAUAUGCCCUCAUCUUCUGAUUCUGUAAAUACUAAUGAACAUGAUAUCUUUUGUCCUAGUGGCAUGAACCUUCACAAAUUCUCCCAAAUGUUUAAACGGCCACCACCCAUGCAUCAGAAUCUUGUAACUUUUCAGACUCUUGAGUCCAGACCAAUGAACCUGGUCUUCUAUAUACAUAGAGCUCUCAUUAAAGAUAUGGAGUAUCUCAUCAGCUUAUCUGCCAAGCUCGCGACAAAUUUUGGAGAUCUUGCCGAGUUUAAGAACCGGUUCGGAGUUCUCAAUAAAUUCUAUCAACUUCACAGCAACUCGGAAGAUGAAUUUGCAUUUCCCGCUCUGGAAUCAAAGGGAGAACUUAAAAACAUAAGCCGUUCCUACUGCAUCGACCAUAAGUUGGACUCUAUACAUUUCAGGAGAACUUCCUUGAUCCUGAAUCAAUUAUCUGAACUGCCUGAUAAUGAGGCGGGUAGUGAAACUAGUGGAAAGAAGUAUCAGUUGUGUUUAAAGCUCCAUGAAACAUGCUUGUCCAUGCAUAAAGUGCUAUCCGACCAUAUCCACCAUGAAGAAGUUGAAAUUUUUCCAUUGUUCAGAGGAUGCUUCUCGACUGAGGAAGAAGAAAAAGUUGUGGGCCACAUGCUAGGGAUGAUGAAAGCAGAAAUUCUGCAAGAAAAGAUCCCCUGGUUAAUGGCACAUCUGAACUUUGAAGAUCAGAAUACCAUGAUUUCCUUAUGGCUGAAUGUUGCGCGAUAUACAAAGUUUAAUGAAUGGCUACAUGAGUGGUGGGACGGUAUGACGAGAUAUAAUAACAUAUCUGAAGCGGAAAAGAGAUCAGGGCCGUCUCCUUUAUUGGCUGCUGACCCUUUGGAAGUUGUUUUGAGGUAUCUAUCAAUGGAUGACAUUCAAAGUCUAGAAGGUGGUCAUGAUAAUAGGACACGAAAGGAAUUUGCCUCUGUCGAUGGUAGGCUUUCUGGCGCUUGCAAUACUGAUGAGUCAAAGUUUGUCAAUGGAGGUCAUGUAUGCCAACCUGAAGGUAUAAGUCAAAAUCAGGGUGAGGUUGAUGAGAAGAGAUCUAAGGAAGCAAGUGAGAGCUGCCAACAAUGUCAGAAGUUGGGCCACAAAGGGCACCCUCUCGGUAUGGAUCAGGAGGAUCUUGAAACUAUGAUAAGAAGAGUAUCUUGUGACUCUAGUUUAGAUCUCCAGAAGAAAUCGUAUAUAAUCCAGAAUUUGCUAAUGAGUCGUUGGCUUAUAAAGCAAAAGAUGUCUCAUGAGGAGGAUUCUGUGGCAAUUCACGAGGGAGAAAUUCCAGGUCAAAGUCCAUCUUAUCGAGAUUCUCUCAAGUUACCUUUUGGCUGCGUACAUUAUAAGAGGAAUUGUAAGCUUUUUGCUCCAUGCUGCAAUAAGCUUUACACAUGCAUACGUUGUCAUGAUGACCUGGCUGAUCAUUCCGUGGACCGCAAAACUAUAACACAAAUGAUGUGCAUGAAAUGCUUGGUAAUUCAGCCAAUAGGGCCGACAUGUAUUUCCAAAUCUUGCACUGGUUUCUCCAUGGGGAGAUACUAUUGCAGGAUCUGCAAAUUGUUCGAUGAUGAACGGCAAAUAUAUCAUUGCCCUUACUGCAAUCUGUGCCGAGUUGGGAAAGGUCUGGGCAUUGAUUACUUCCACUGCAUGAAGUGCAAUGCAUGUAUGUCAAGGGCUCUACUUGUGCAUGUAUGUAGAGAGAAAUGCCUUGAGGAUAACUGCCCGAUUUGCCAUGAGUACAUCUUCACGUCGAACUCUCCUGUGAAGGCACUACCAUGUGGGCAUUUAAUGCAUUCAUCUUGUUUUAAGGACUACACUUUUUCACACUACAUUUGCCCAAUCUGUAGCAAGUCACUAGGGGACAUGCAGGUGUACUUCGGAAUGUUAGAUGCUUUGUUAGCUGAAGAGAAAACUCCAGCGGAGCACGCUGGCCAGACUCAGAUUAUAUUGUGCAAUGACUGCGAGAAAAGAGGAACUGCCUCUUUUCACUGGCUUUACCACAAGUGCUCGUAUUGCGGUUCGUACAACACAAGGCUGUUGUGA